UUCCAUGUGGAUGAGGCCACCGUGGUGAAGGUGCCCAUGAUGCACCGGAUGGGCAUGUUCCGAGUCCAUUACUGCAACAAGCUGUCCAGCUGGGUCCUACUGAUGGACUACCAGGGCAAUGCCACUGCCAUCUUCUUCCUGCCAGACCAGGGCAAGAUGCCACACCUGGAGGCCACGCUUACCAGAAGCAUCAUUAGACAGUUCCUGCGCAAAACUGACAUAAGCUCUGCAGAUAUAUCCUUCCCCAAACUGUCCAUCUCUGGAACCUACGACCUGAAGUCUGUCCUGAGUGCACUGGGCAUCACCACCGUCUUCAGCAACGGUGCUGACCUUUCCAAGGUCACCGAGGACGUCCCACUGAAGGUCUCCAAG